GUAAAAACUCAAGACACAGAAGUCCUCGUAAGGGCUAAAAGUUAUAAAUCCCAGCGGAAAAAUGAGGAGCCAUGGAGGUUACAGGUAUUGUUACUGCCUUAUUGCUUCGUCUGAGCUCAGACCAAUCUAGGAAAAAUAUCUUAAGUGUACUUUCUGGUUUCUGUUUGUUUGUUUGUUUGUUUGCUCUUUUUUUUACAGUUAGUUUGUUGCUGUUUAUUGAUUUGCUGGGCACUAUUUAAAAAAAUGGGAUUGAGUAAAAAAUAAAAUUAAGAACGUUUCGCACAAAUUGCAAAUCAGAUAUAAAUACAUAUCAAUUGUUUCUUUAGGUGAGAAUAUCAAGGGAUGCAGAAGUUAAAAUAACCAGUACCUCAUGCAACUGUGAGGCAGGAGCAGGUCUCUGCAAUCAUGCAAUAGGCCUGGUAUACCUCCUUGAACACUACAGAAAACUUGGUUUAAGAAGUGUACCUCCCGUCAUGUCUAAAACAAGUCUUCCACAGACAUGGCAUGUUCCACAAAGGACAGCAGGAAUUAAUCCCCGUGAGGUACAAGAGGUGCUAGUGCAACAGGUAAAACCUCCAAACAGUGAUGCUCCUUCAAGAAAGAAAGUACGCAGGAUAGAUGGUGUACGGUCCACCCUGUACAACCCAAUUCCAGAACAAUUUGGGGAACCUAAAAUUAUAGAUUCCAUGAAGGACAUAUUCAAAGUAUGUAAAGACAUGCAAAUAAAUAGCAUUGUUCCCGAAACGAACAGAUAUGACUUUGUGGACAGUAAUCUCGGAAAGGUAGCUUGUGGCUCAGUUAUCUCAUACCAGCAGCGCCAAAACACAACAAAUGACCCCAAAAUUCACAUGAACAUUGACGGGCCAGAAAAUCCACCAGCUUUUGAUGUGCCAUCACUUGAAAACCAUUAUUUAUUUGUUCCCAAAUUGGCAGAAAUAAACUUUAUUGAAGGACUCAGUGUAUCACUAGAACAAUCUUGUUUAUAUGAGGAAGAGACAAGGGAGCAAUCUGACACACAGAAGUGGCAUGACUUUAGGGCACAGAGAUUAUCUUCCAGUAAAUUUAAAGAUGUGUGUAUACGAAGAGCUGACUUUGAAUCAUUGGCAGUCAGACAACUGAAGAAGACUGUGCAAACUUCGGCAAUGAAGCAUGGCAUAAAUACAGAAGAAGAGGCAGCUUCUGCAUAUGCUGACAGUGGAGAUUGCAAUGUUUUCCCUGCCGGGAUUGUUAUCAACCCAUCUUGCCCACACCUGGCUGCCUCUCCAGAUCGAAGGGUCUAUGAUCCCUCUGAAAACAGUCCCUGGGGGCUGUUGGAAAUCAAGUGCCCUAUUAAGGAUUCAAUUUCUCAGCUGCCAUAUCUGAGAUGUGUAAAUGGAAUUUAUAAACUUAAAAAAACACAUAGCUAUUACUACCAGAUAAUGGGACAGAUGUUGUUGACAGGUUGUGAAUGGGUAGAUUUUUAUGUUUAUUGUAAAUCUGACUUUCAUUUAGAAAGAGUGAGGUUUGAUGCAGAAUUUUGUGCAACGAUGAAGAUGAAAUUAGACACGUUUUACUUUGAAUACCUCCUCCCUGAACUGUUAAAAAAAGCAGGGGCUUAA